AUGUCAUUUCCACCAUGGCCUUCCGAUGUUGACUGCGGACAAGCUAGUCCUCUAUCCGGUUUUACGAAACAUUUUUCGCAAGACAGAUCUCUACAACAGGAUAGAUUUUCUUCUGAACAGCUCGGUGAAGGUUCUUCUAAAAGGGGUUUUAGGUCACGCACGAAUAUUGGAUUGAAAGAUAAUGAAUAUGCGCAGAGAUUUUUCCAAGAAGCAUCUCACGCACAAGAUGUAUAUAAUUUUGAUCAGUUUGGGAACGAACUCGAAGCAAUUAGACCUAAUGUGCAAAGUGGUGGAAGUUGGGUUGCGGAAUUUUCAAAACGUCAUGAUUCUUCACAAAAAAAUUUUGUUAGAUCAGGCAACUGGACACGCGAAUAUGCGAAAUUUGAUCAGCCACUAACAAGUCUUAAUGAUUUGCGUCCAGAUGAGGUUACUGCUUUUGAGAAGGCCUUUCGUAAUGUAAAUAAAGAUGUAAAUUGGGAAACGGAAUUUAAUGCACAGGAGAAAUCAUGGGAAUCUGAAUUUAAUACUCAAGAAGGGUCAUGGGAAUCCGAAUUUAAUGCACAAGAGAAACAGGAAAAUAUUAAUUCGGAAAUAGGCACUUCGAAAGACGAAUUAUCAAAGAAUGCAGGCAAAAUUAUUGAAUUGGUUGCUAAUGAAACUAAUCCGAAAUUCAAGAAUUCGAUGUUUAUGAGUUUUAUGAGGAAAUUGCGAGAUCAUGAGGUUCACAUAGAAGGGAACAAAGUUGUGGAACAAAAAAGUCCGGUUUCCAAGGUUGACUGGGCUCGCGAGUUUGAAACUCAACACAAAGAUAACUGGGCAUCUGAAUUCAAAGGUCAUCAAGUGAAUGCGGCUAGCGAUUGGUCUCAAGAGUUCAUUACAGAUCACAACAGCGAAAGAUCAUUUGAUAUUUAUGACAAUCAGGUAAAUCACACGUCAUCACAGAAUUUUGAGCCGACUCCGACUGCAAAUAUUAAAAAUUGGAAAGAUUGGGCUUCAGAAUUUCAACAGUCGUUAUCGGAAGAUACUGCUGCAAAGGAUUUAGAAAAUUUGAUCAAUGGUACUGCGGACUCGUCCUGGGGAGAAGAAUUUGAUAAAGAUUGGAACGAAUAUCAACCUUAUAGCAUGGGUUAUAAAACAAGUUACAAUUAUAAAUUCCGGCUAAACAAUCCAUAUUUAAGUCGUUCUAAAUCCUUGCAUGAAAUUACUGUACCAAAUCAAGAGAUUCAAGAUUCUAUACUAGCUUUGGAAGCAACCGUACAAUUAGACUCGAAUAACGCGGGUUCCUGGCACCAAUUAGGAAUUAAGCAGCAAGAGAAUGAACAAGAUUCUCAAGCAAUUGCUGCUCUGCGUAGGUCUGUUGAACUGAAUCCUAAUAUUUUAGACGCAUGGAUUUCGUUGGCUGUUUCAUAUACAAAUGAAUACCUCCAUGAUGAUGCAUAUAACAGUUUAGAAUCCUGGUUAGAUAAUCAUACGAAAUAUAAACAUGUUUUAGAAAAUAAUCGGACAAAUAGACUAACUUCCGAUCGUCACAAAUACUUAUCGGACGUACUGAUGCAAGUAGCGAGAUCGAAUCCUGGAGAAAACCUGGAUCCAGAUGUUCAAAUUGCGCUAGGAAUUUUGUAUAACAUUUCGGGAGAAUACAGUAAAGCUGUGGAUUGUUUUCAAAGCGCACUUUACAAAAGACCAAAUGAUCAUCUUCUUUGGAAUAAGCUCGGAGCGACAUUAGCCAAUGUCGGAAAGCCCAACGAUGCAUUGAACGCAUAUUCUAAAGCCCUUAGCAUAAAUCCUUAUUUUGUGAGAGCUCAUUUUAAUAUUGCUUGUGCCCUCAUUAACAUGGAUAGAAACUUAGAGGCUGCUCAACAUUUGCUUGUUGCAUUGUCGUUACAAACCGAUAAAAAUGACUAUGUUCAGGACACGAACUCUAUUUCUAGUAUGAGUUCAAACAUUUGGAAAACUUUAAAAAAUUGUUGUGAAAAUAUGGAUAGGCAAGAUUUAGUUUUAAAAUGCGAAAUAAGGGAUUUAGAUAGUUUUAAAUCUGAAUUCGAUCUUUAA